AGCACCGAACUUCAGCACUGGUUCAUGGGCAGAGAGACCAAACUGUGAUCCGAGGAGGACAGAAAACUUAUCACCAGAAUAUCAAACGUCUUGAAGAAGUCCCGGAACACUUCAGCACCGUACUAUGAUGAUUAAGCCGUAUGUGAGACAAGGCGAGGGAGAGGAGGUCAUCAGCCCUCUGCAGUGGAUGGAUGAAGACAUGAGCUCACCUGAUGGAGACACAUCAGUCUCAUCACAUCACUACAGAGCAAGUGGAACAAACCCACAGGUCAGGGAGAUGGGGAGUGAGGAUGCGGAGGAAGACGAAGAGGACGAAGAGGAAGGACAGGAGGAUGAAAACAAAUCCAAACGGCGAGGGCCCAAGAAAAAGCGCAUGACCAAAGCACGGCAGGAGCGUUUCCGUGCGAGGCGUGUAAAGGCUAACGCCAGGGAGCGCUCACGUAUGCAUGGUCUAAAUGAUGCUCUGGAGAACCUGCGCACUAUCAUGCCCUGUCACUCCAAAACCCAGAAACUGUCAAAGAUUGAGACAUUACGGCUGGCCCGCAACUACAUCUGUGCUCUGUCUGAGGCCCUGGAGGGGGGCCUGUCCACAGAGAGCAGGGCCUUCAUGGAGACACUGUGUAAGGGACUCUCUCAGCCCACCACCAACCUGGUGGCCGGCUGCUUGCAGCUGGGACCAACUCCCGGUGCUGGGAUGAGACCUGAGGACAGACACGGUGUUCGGGCACCACCUCCUCCUCUUGGUGGCAUGGUGAGCUAUUCCUCUCCAGGCCUUCCAAGUCCGCCGUAUGGUACGUUUGACUCUGCUCACCUGCUUCACCUGAGGGCGAUGAAAGGAGGAGCAUAUGAGAAUCACUCGCCACAUGAGUAUAACGCUGGCGGUGUUGGGACCCCUCCCUACGACGGUCCUCCCACACCACCCCUGAGCAUCAGCAGUAACCUGGUGCCCAAACAGGAGCCUUCACCUCAUUACCCACCCCCACACCACUACUCCCCUUCCCCUGUGGAGCAGGGCCUGUAUCAGACUCAGAGCGGCUAUGACGUACACUUGGAGGGGCCAUACAACACCUACCAUCCACCACACAUGCCCCCCCGACACAUAACCUCCGUCUACAGAGACUAA